AUGGUGAAAACACUUCAAAAGGCGACAAAGAGAAUGUCCUCUCCAUCCUCAUCAUCAUCUUCUUCAUCAUCAUCAACAUCGUCCAUAAGCAAGAGUAACAUGAUCAAGAAGUACAAAGGAGUGAGAAUGAGAAGUUGGGGUUCAUGGGUUUCAGAGAUCAGAGCGCCUAAUCAAAAGACAAGGAUCUGGCUCGGUUCUUACUCAACAGCUGAAGCCGCGGCUCGAGCCUACGACGCUGCGCUUCUAUGUCUCAAAGGAUCUUCAGCUAAUAAUCUCAACUUCCCAGAAAUCUCAUCUUCUAUCUACAAUACCAACAACAACGGUGAUAACAACAACAGUAGUAACAUGACUCCUAAGACCAUACAGAGAGUAGCUGCUGCAGCAGCAAACAUAGAUCAUUCUUCCUCUUCUGUCUCUACUUCCUCUCCAUUGCUUUCUUCAUCUCCAUCUGAAGAUCUCUAUGAUGUAGUCUCUAUGUCUCAGUAUGACCAAGAAGUAGUCACCUUGUCUGAAUCAUCAUGGUACAAUUGUUUUGAUGGUGAUGAUCAGUUCAUGUUGCCGUACUUGACAACAACACCUGCUGAUGAUUUCUUUGAGGAAGGAGAUAUCAGACUAUGGAAUUUCUGUUGA